AUGUUGUCAUCAUAUGCGGAAAUGGAAGACGCCGUUGGGAAUGAGGAAUGGGAGCGGAUCAAUCAACCAGAAGUCCGCAAGCGAGUUCAGAACAGACUGUCACAGCGGAGACACAGAGACAAACUUCGCCAACAACGUGAACCUGUAUCCCAUGAGAUCAUUAUUCCACCAUCGUUUACAUCUUCCUAUACAAUGGAAGGGGCUCCGGGGACCAGCGACUAUCCGAGUCCUUCGCUCUCCUUCAACGGGCAGGAGGAUCGGCACAAUUUAUCCCGACCCAACCAGCCUCAAGAGGGAUACGACGCCUUUGAUGCUUUCAACGCCCAGGACAUGCUGCCUCCGGAUCACACAGUCUCUACCACGAUGGCACAGCCUGCACAGGCUGGCUCUGUGGGAAUGAACCGGUCUAUGACUCCUCACAUGGGACGUCCUGCCAUGAACAAUUCAUACCAGCCUACUAACAUGCAACCACUCGGAUCGCUUGCGUCCGGGCCGCCAACACUCCCCGCUGUUUCGAGAAAUGAGUAUUGGGAUAGUCAAUCUUUGUCUGACCCACAAUGGGCUAUCCCAAGCUUCCACCAAAACUCAGUUCCGGCUUCCAAUCUACCAGCCAGCACGAACAAUCCCAGGCAUACGUCCAGCCAUAUGCCUAGACCCAUGGUCCGGCCGAUGCCUAGACGCGUCGCUUCUUCCAACCAGCAGACGAACAUUCUACCAACCGCUCGAGCCUCAGACUCGCACUCGUCUCCUGUUCUGCAGAGGAAUAUUGCAAAUCAAGCCUUUCCCAGAUCCGGCAGUCAUCUUGAAAAUGCCAACACUGAGUCGGAAAGCACCAGAAAAAACAACGAUGCAUGCUCGCACUGUCGCACCUGCCGGGCUCCAAGUUCCUUCGACGACCAAAAGCCAGGACAGGCCUCCCCAAAGACUCCAACGUCAACGCCAUCGCGGGAUUCGUCUGGGACGAAUUCCCCAGAUCAUCUUGAAAUCCUGGCGAACUGCAGCAAGGUACUCGCCAACCUGGCGCGGCAAUCAGACUACCGUGAUGAGAACGAACCUGAGGAGAGGCCUAGGAGCAGUAAGCGCAGCAAAACCAACCAAGAUGGUUAUUUCGUGGACGUCAAUAGAACCUUACAGGAGGAUGAUUAUGGAGAUGGUCACCACCGCCACAAUGUGAUUGGGAAGGUUGUGAUUCUGUGUGUGAAGAACGGGAGGAAGACCAAAGGGAAGUGA